AUGUCUACACCCCCUCCCUCCCCCAUCAACCUCCCACCCCUCUGCAGCAUCCUUCCUCCUACCCCUCUGCAGCAUCCUUGUGACCCCCCCUCCCUCCCCACCCCUCUGCAGCAGCCUUGUGACCCCCUCCCACCCCCUCGACCUCCCACACCUCUGGCGCAGCGAGCCCUUGUGACCCCUUACCCCUGCCCGUCCCUGCUCCCUCAACCGUCCCACCCGCUCUGCAGCAUCCUGUGUGACCCCCCUCCCUUCCCUCGCCCUCCCUCCCCCUCAACCUCCCCACCCCUCUGCAGCAUCCUUGUGACCCCUUACCCCUCCCUCCCUCCCCCUCAGCCUCCUACCCCUCUGCAGCAUCCUUGUGACCCCCUCCCUCGCCCUCCCUCCCCCUCUUCCUCCCACCCCUCUGCCAGCAUCCUUGUGAAACCCCCCUACCUCGCCCUCCCCUCCCCCUCAACCUCCCACCCCUCUGCAGGCAGCCUUGUGACCCCCCUCCCCUCCCCCUCAACAUCCCACCCCGCCAGCAGCCUUGUGACCCUUACCCCUCCUCCCUCUCAGCCUCAACCUCCCACCACUCUGCAGCAGCCUUGUGACCACUUACCCCCUCCUCCCUGA